UGGGCUCAAAGGGGAGAGGGAGCGUGAUCCCGCUGCGCCCAGUGGUCAGAAGCCGCCCCAGGAAAGGACGCCAUGUCGCUCAAGCUGCAGAAGAGGCUGGCCGCCUCCGUGAAGAAGUGCGGCAAGGGCCGCAUCUGGCUGGACCCGAAUGAGGCCAGCGAAAUCUCCAUGGCGAACUCCCGCUUCAACAUCCGCAAGCUUAUCAAGGAUGGCCUCAUCAUCCGCAAGGCGGUCAAGAUGCACUCGCGGUCGCGGGUGCGCAAGAACCUGGAGGCCAAGCGUAAAGGGCGCCACAUGGGUAUCGGCAAGAGGCGGGGCACGAAGGAGGCGCGGAUGCCGAGCAAGGUGCUGUGGAUGCGCCGCCAGCGCGUCCUCCGGCGGCUCCUCCGGAAGUACCGCCAGCAGAAGAAGAUCGACAAGCACCUGUACCAUUAUUUCUACCGCCACGCCAAGGGUAACGCGUACAAGAACAAGCGCGUGCUUGUGGAGGCGAUCCACAAGAUGAAGGCAGAGAAGAUGAAGGCCAAGGCCCUGGCGGAGCAGCAGGAGGCGCGCAAGGAGAAGGCCAAGCUGCAGAAGGCCAAGAAGGCGGAGAAGAAGGAAACGCUGCUCAGGCAGGCGGAGGGCAAGUAGGCCAUCGUUUUCUUCAGGAGCUGGGUGAGCGUGGCGCGGUUUCGCCUGCUGGGCUUCCUGAUUCCUGGGCGCCUCGCGCGGGUGCAAGGAAUGAGGUGCAGUCGCUGACUCAAGGCGUGGACGCUCUUUGCUGUUGUGCGCGGCCCACCGCUCUGCUAUGAUGGGACGUGGCCUCGGUGCUACAACACCCCUCG